UAAGCCUCUCACUCUCCUUCUACACCUGUCUCUUUGCCUUUUUAAUCCCUAAGCAAUCCUUAUUCCUUAUUCUUCUUCCUUUUAAUUAAAUCCCAUGUCCUAAUUUCUACUCACAUUACCCAUUUUCACACACUCUUCAAAGAACCCUGCAAAUACCAUUCUGUCUAGAGAGAGAGAGAGAGAGAAACAGCAAAGAAUUUUUUUUAGGAGUGAGAAACUGAAAGUCUUCUAGCGCCAUGGUUUUUCAGAUCCGUGGCGUUUUUCUACCCCUUUUCUUGACAUUCUUCGCUGUUCUUGUGAUUUCGAGUAGUGCAUUGCAAGAAAAUUCAAGGGGGAAGCAUUCUGGGAACUCAAAUUCAUUAUCUCAGAUCAAUUCCAAUUCAGUUCUUGUAGCGCUGUUGGAUUCUCACUACACUGAGCUCUCAGAACUGGUGGAAAAAGCGCUUUUGCUACAAACCCUUGAAGAAGCAGUGUCCAAGCAUAAUAUAACCAUUUUUGCUCCUAAAAAUGAGGCGCUGGAACGGGAUUUGGAUCCCGAGUUCAAGAGGUUCUUGCUCGAGCCGGGGAAUCUGAAAUCCCUUCAAAAUCUGUUGCUUUUCCAUAUGAUUCCAACUCGAUUUGAGUCCAAGCAUUGGCCUGUAGAGUUAAACAAUCCAAUUCAUCAUAUCAGCUUGUGUACUGAUGCCGAUGAAGAAAAAAUUCCGGUAUUUGGGAAAAAUGGGGAGAAAUUUCUGGGUAUGGCGAAGAUUAUCAAAGCGGACGAUAUCAUUCGCCCCGAUGGGAUUAUUCACGGAAUUGAACGAGUGUUGAUUCCAAAAUCCGUUCAAAUAGAUUUCAACACUAGGCGAAGUUUGAGGUCCAUAGCUGCAGUGUUACCAGAGGGAGCACCGGAAGUCGACCCAAGAACCCACCGGCUAAAGAAACCGGCACCUCCAGUCGAAGCCGGUGCGCCACCUGUGCUGCCCAUUUUCGACGCCAUGGCACCAGGUCCAUCCCUGGCUCCGGCACCGGCGCCUGGCCCCGGUGGACAUCACCACCAUUUCGACGGCGAAAGUCAGGUGAAGGAUUUCAUCCAAACUCUCCUCCAUUACGGUGGAUACAAUGAAAUGGCCGAUAUUUUAGUCAAUCUCACAUCAUUGGCUUCUGAAAUGGGAAGAUUAGUCUCCGAAGGGUAUGUUCUUACAGUUCUUGCACCAAAUGACGAGGCUAUGGCGAAACUAACCACCGAUCAAUUAAGCGAACCUGGGGCACCGGAGCAGAUAAUGUAUUAUCAUUUAAUUCCUGAAUACCAAACAGAAGAGAGUAUGUACAAUUCAGUUAGGAGAUUUGGGAAGGUGAAGUAUGAUACUCUGAGAUUGCCACAUAAAGUGGUAGCGGAGGAGGCUGACGGGUCGGUGAAAUUCGGGCAAGGAGAAGGAUCCGCUUAUUUGUUCGACCCGGAUAUCUACACGGAUGGGAGAAUAUCUGUUCAGGGAAUUGAUGGGGUUUUGUUUCCUGCAGAGGAAAACAAGCCUGUUCCUAAAUCUGUCCCUGUUGCUAAGGUCGUCUCCAAGCCAAGAAGAGGGAAGUUACUGGAAAUGGCAUGUACAAUGCUUGGAGCUUUUGGACAAGACUGUCAAUAAAUUUUUAUUUUUCAAGAAAAUGAUAAAAACUGGAAAGGAAAACGACGAUGCAAAAAGGGUGAGCACACAUCAAAACACUCGUUUCAUUCGUAAUAAAGAGGCGACCGGACGAUGGCUGCAUUGUAGUAGAACCCUAGAGGAGGGGAAAGUUUUCUUGUUUAUUUUUGUUAUUAUAGUUAAUACACAUUAACUGUAUAUCAAUUAUUUUAUUUGUAUUUAAAGUUUGUUCUACCGACAGUUUAUGCGCAUAAAUACAAUCCUUUGCAGAAUAUGUCCUUUUAUUCUUAA